AUGGCUGGAUUUCGUCUGCAGAAAUUCGCCAAACUACACCCUGAUCUGAAUGGAUUCUCAUCUCCGAAGCAGACCAGACCUGCCAGCACUGAAACAGACAAAGAUGAACCACAGAAUUUCCACAAUCCAGCCCCGAUCUCAUUCCAGCCUACAAGUUUUCACCCACAGAUCAAAUGGUUCCAGAGGGGCGAGUUGGUCACGGUCUACAUAAAGCUCAUCAAUCCAGUGAUGCAGAAGUGUGAUUUCUGCUCAGACACUGUCAUUUACAGUGGGUACGUGAAUGACCGGCAUUACUAUGCAAAGCUCGAGCUGUCCGGUGCCAUCACCGCGGAGCAGUGCUCAUGGGAAAUGAGAUGCAAUGAGCCGGUGAUGAAGCUGAAGAAAAAGGAAAAGCGGGACUGGAGAACACUCCUCAAACACAAGAGUCCAUUUGUCAGCUAUGAAUUUGACUUCAUUGAUGAGACUCGUGUUUCUUCAUUAAACGGGCACUGGUUCCUGGCUGAGGUGGGAGAGGAGGGCUGUUACGUCAGCUCUGAGAGCGCCAGCGACAGUGACUGAAUAGAACGGAUCGCACUUGUUCUACAGGACAUUAAUGGAGCAACACUACAUCAGUUUUGAGUAACAUUUCAUUGUCCAAUUAACAAUAAUAAAUUAUUUAUUUUUCAGUAUGUUGGUGUUAUGAGUCCCAC